GCGUUCCGCCCCCAGGCAGGCCCGAGGCGCUGGGCCGGGCUAGGAACGAAAGGGCCGGGCGCGGGGUGCCACUGAGAAUAGGGCCCCUCCGAGGAGCGCUCCGGAGCGGCUGCCGGGCAGUGCCAUCCCGGGGGGCGGGAAGGGCUCUGGGGCCGGGAGGCGGCGGCCAGGCCAGGCCAGGGGGGCCUGGUCCCCACCGGGAGGGCGAUGAGCGGCCCCCUGGAGGAGAGGGAGCUGCAGGAGAGGCUGCGGGAAGCGGCCGCUCUGGGGGACCUGGAGGAGGUUCGGCGCCUGCUGCAGAGCGGGGCGGACGUCAACUCCCCCAAUGAGAUCAACGGCUGGACUUGUUUGCACUGGGCAUGCAAACGGAAUCAUGCUGAAGUGGUCUCUUGCCUGAUUGAUGCUGGUGCUGAUAAGGAGAUUCUCACAGCUAAAGGAGAACUGGCAGCCCAGUUAACGUCAAAGAAAGAAAUCAGGAAGAUUAUGGGAGUGGAGGAAAAUGAAUUUAAAGAAGUGGAAGACUUAAAUUUGCCAAUUGUUGCAAACUAUUUGGCCAAUCCACCCUUCCCUUAUGUUUACACUAAAGAAAGCAACAGCAUUCCAUCCAUCUCGACAGCAUUCCAGAAUGAAAGCACUUCCGUCUCUUUUGUUUCUCUGUGUGAAACCAGUUCUUGUUCAUCAGCAACUCAGGUCGAAAGCAUAUGCACACCCACGUCAUCACACAGCGAAGAUGAUUUUCCUGUGGUACACUCUAAGGAAGGCCAGCCCACCCCAUCAGCAGCCAUCAUGGUGCCAGAAUAUCCAAAACCUAGAGUCCAGAAUGGCUCCAUUUGUCAGCCAUCCAUGUCUCAUAAUAGAGGCCUCUUUUCUCCAGUAGCAUCUAAACAGCCUGUACCUCAGCAACACAAUGGCUCUCAUACUGGGGCUGCACCGACAUUUCAGCCACUUUUCUUCACCGGAACUUUUCCAUAUAAUAUGCAAGAAUUGGUGCUUAAGGUAAGAAUUCAGAACCUUAGGGAAAAUGACUUCAUUGAGAUUGAAUUAGACAGACAAGAACUGACCUAUCAGGAUCUACUCAGAGUCAGUUGCUGUGAAUUGGGUGUUAAUCAAGAACAAGUGGAGAAGAUUAGAAAGUUACCGAAUACGUUGGUCAGAAAGGACAAAGAUGUUGCAAGACUUCAGGAUUUUCAAGAACUGGAGCUGGUUCUAAUGAAAAGUGACAACUCUCCUUUUAGAAAUGCUGCAUCAACACUGACGGAGAGGUCUUGCUACAAUAGUAAAGCAUCAAAGCUGACUUACUGAACUUUCUAGAAUGUGAGAAUUAUAUGCUGCUGUCUUCUGAAGCAGUGGAUUAAUUGUGUGUGAAACCUUAAGUUAUUGUUAGGGUUAAUAUUUUAACUAAUAAUAGUAUAUCUUUGAUAUUUAUUAUCCCCUUUGCUUUUUUUUAACUUAAUAUUGUAUUCAGAUAAAGGGUACCUCAUUUGUCUAUUAAGCCGACAUGCUUCAGAUACAAGUUAAUGAAGUUUAUUGGUUAUAUUUGGCAUAAGAAGACAGCUGGUCAACUGUUGGCAUGAAAAGUAAAGACUUCUAGAAAAAUCAGGCACAGUUAGAUAUCUAUAUAUUUUUUGCAUAAAUUAUAAAUUUAGGCUUCUGGCGCUUGUGGCCCCCUGAAAAUGUAAAUACUGCCCUUAUUUCUCAGACUCCUCAAGGUGCAGUCUCUCUCUGCUGUCACCAGUACCUGGCUCACUGAGUCUCUUACAACUGCCCUAAGUAUGAAGUAGCAUGCCAUGCUGUCUUCUAGAGCACUGGUAUUUACUGCUCCAAACAGUCCAUAGAACACCCACUGUAACAACCACAAAGGGACAGCUUGCUAAAAUCAGGUUCCCAGAUGUCAAACUGCCAUUGAUGUUUAGUAAACACCUUCAUUUUUCUUCCCCAAACUAAUAGAUGACCCAACUGAACAAAAUGGGAUAACUUUUAAUAUUUUUUUCUUAAAAUAUUGAUUUUUUAAAAAGUAAAUCUUAGCCGCACUGUUGAACAAGUGUAUUAGAUCAUCAUAACAAAUGAAAGUUACAUAUAUGGUUGUGCUUAAAAGGAAACAGCCCAUGUUUGACUGUGUAUUUACAUUAUUUUUGUGGGUGUCAAUUGCUUUUAAAAACCUAUAUACGUCUAAAAGAAUUCAUUCCCUAACACCUGUCCACCUGGCAAGCAUUAAUUACUCCAUAUGACUCUAGUAGUGCUUUAAUGGGUUUUUUUAAAUAUCUUCUAGGAACUAGCCUCAUUGAUGCUAAUAGUUCAGGGAAGCGGGGUUAAAUUCAGCCUCCUGUGCACUAGGAACACAAUACUAGAAAAUAUUUGUUGUUGAGAAGUGGAAGUAUCAACUCUAGAGGAGACAGUCUGCUCUUGCUUAGCUAAACCCAAUUAAGGGAACAUGUGAAUGGAAAUAGAGGCAUCAUCAGAAGCAAUUAACAUACGCACUUGGAGCUGUUUUUAAAUUGAUUCUGUAUGACACAUUCUUCCCACAACUGUUGCAUUACGUUGCACGAGCUGGUGUCACUUAAAGCGUGUCCAAAGCUUCAGUCAAUUGAGUAAUCCAAAUAGUUUAAUGUUGCUGGAUACUUUAUAGUACUAUGUUAAAAACUUGAAUCUAAGCCUACUUGAGCUCUUAAUUUUUCAGAGCUUAUCCUGAGCAGUGUUAAUUUAAAACAUGUAUCACAUUUGCUAUCAAAUACCAUAUUUUCAAGUUGUUUUUUCUCCCAAGGAGCACUUUUGUUGCUGGAAGUACUAAUCUCCAGCAGUUCGCAAAACACUCGGCUACCCUGAGACUGAUGAAGGCUAGGCUGAUAUGCAGAAAAACUAGAAAUGGCAAUUCCAGAUUGAGUAGGCAAUCUGGCCUUUCUUAUGACUGAAACAAACACUUCCUACCAGUGUCUUUCAAUUAAAAACGUAACCUAAUUUAUAAGCGAUCUAAUAUUGAAUCCAUCUCCAACUCUAUUUCUUUAUUAAGCUAUACUAGAGCAGCUGCCUUCAAAUAGCUUCUUCCUGCACUACUACCCCAAGAAGAUCUUGAUACAACAGUAAGGAUUUUUUUAAAGUGGAUUGCAGUGUGUAAUAUUGGAAAUGAUUUAGUGUCAUACAUUGCAUAGGGGAUAGCUUCCCCUUGCAGUAGCUGCUGCUCUUUUUGACCAACAUGUUUUCACAUGCUGUACAACUGAUGGCACACAUUGGUUUAUAUUAAGUAAACAUUUCUGAAUUUGACUAGACAAUAAUAGAAUGUGGCAAAUUGUUCUGCAACAUGACAGAUAAAAUCCAAAAUAUAAAGAUGAGAAAGUUACUAACACUUUCCUUUUGAUCACUGAGAUGUUUAAUUGGUUCAAAAUUGAUUACUGCGUUCUAGGUCCUUUCCCUAUUCCAACUAACACUCCACCAAUGAAAGCCUCCAGCGAUAUGCAUCUGUGGUCUAAUCCUUCUGCCAUCUAAUCCACUCAGCUAGUACUCUCCCCUGUUCUGUCCAUACAGUGGCUGGACAAGCACUGAAGGCCCCUACUGACAUCAGUACUUAGUCAAACCUGAUUCUCCCUGUGGUGGGGAUUUGACCUACACACUUGCCACUGUAGUGCAAGGGUUAUUUCAAAGUGAAUGCUAAACUGUUUGGAAAAAACAGUAGCUAUGUAGCUCAAAAUUAAGAGUAUUCACAGCUAGCUUUGCAGAGCCUAGGGUUUAAUGCAUGUAGGACAUUGUCACUUUUACAUAAACAAUGUAACAGUUGUCCAGGAACUAAUGGAAGCGAUUAAUAAGCUUUAUUUCCUCUAACUCACAACUACUAACUGUUAACUUGAUAUGCAACACAACUUUUGCUAAAGAACUAAUGACUAAAAAUAUAGUGCUGGUAACUGAGCAAAUCUAUGCAUUCAGAGAAAUAUUUUUGUAUGUUUUAUGAAGUUUGAUAACAUUUAAAGCACACUAACUAUGGUAAUGGUGAAUUUAUUUGUGUUCAUAUAAUAAUAAAGAUGUCAGUGGGAAAAGA